AUGUGUAACAUAUUUCCUUGCUUGUCACAGGAUCCUAGCGCUAGUGACUUAUGUGGCAUUCAAACUACAAGUUCUUCAAGGGUGAAUUCAUCAUCAGGAGCUCGAAAACAAAGUCGGAAAUCAUCUGAGUCAUCUGAGCAAUGCCGUAGCAUUGAAUCUAGAGAAGGAAAAAAGGACAGAACAGCUGGGUCAAAAUGUUUAUCUAAGGGAAAGUCUUUGAGUGUGAAAGGUAUCAAGAAAGUUGCAGUUCGAAAUGAUGAAGAGAAAAUGGACGCUUUACAAAAUUAUCAAAGUGCUGCAAAAAACAGUGAAGAUAUGUCUGCUGUGUCAGGAAUCGUGACUGCUGUUGGUGUAAAAAAGAGACUUGAGGCUUCUUCUAAUAUGCCUAGGAAAGAUAUCCAGAGCAAGCAGUCUAGUAUCAAACAGUCAUUCAAAAGGGAAUUGUCUCAAGUGACAACAGAUGAAGCUUUGGAUAUCCUUAGUAGCAGUGGCAAUGAUACAGGAGAGACUGCAGCUUCUCUAUCAGAUGACGGCUUGAAAGACAGCUUGCCUAAAUAUCAACGCAAAGGGAGGCGUGUGAAGGCUAUUGAAAGUCUGGUGCCCUCACCUGUGAAAUUUCGUGGGAAAAGACAGCGCCCACUCAAUGAGUCCUCAUCCAGUACUGCAAAAGUGAAGAAGGUUGAAAAGGCUAAAGUUAGCGCUUCUCCACAGAAGGCAACGGUUCAUCGUCAAAGGCAGCUGCACUGGAAAAGCAAAAUGUCACGAAACCGUCGUCGUUGAUCACUGCUACAUUAUUACUUGUAACACAUAUAUUACGGGUAUAUGACUAGUAGGACGUACAGCAGUAAAGAAGUUAAAUAGAACACUUGAUUGUCACUGGCGCGUUUUAGUUGCAACUUCUUUACUGUGUAGGUGUAGUUUGAGCGUCGUAAUGGAAAACAACCGUGCGUAUUUCAAUUAGUACAGUAACUGAUGUCUAUGUGCUUGCGAUCCAUAUUCUGCAACGCUUGCCUACAUUAAUUAUAUAU